AUGCAAGAUCCCACCACCAUGCAACAAGCGAACGAAAGAUCCCAUCGGUAUGCAGCAGGUCUUAAGCUACACGUGGCCGAGGUUAGUCGAGUGAUUGAGACUGUUGGGCUCUCUCUCUCUCUGGCCUCCAUCCUCGUCUCUCUCGCUAUCUUCUCCUACUUCAGGUCACUGCGGAACAACAGGACCCGGAUGCACUUCAACCUGUUCGUAGCUAUGAUGAUUCAGCUGAUGGUGCGUCUCACUCUCUACAUCGACCAGUACAUUAGCAGGAAAACUCAGCAGCGAGCAACGGGCAUCGAAAACACGCCGGUGUUGUGUGAGGUGUUCUACGUUCUCAUGGAGUACGCUCGCACCGCCAUGUUCCUCUGGAUGUUCAUUGAGGGCUACUACCUGAACAGCAUGUUAACUGUAGCGGUGUUCACAGACCAACCUAACCACAGAGUAUACAACCUGCUGGGGUGGGGGGUGCCGGUGCUGAUGACAACAGUAUGGGCCGUCGUCACAGCUGUUCAACACACAGGCACCGAGUGCUGGUGGGGCUAUAACCUGAGCCCUUACUUCUGGAUCCUGGAAGGCCCUCGCCUCACCGUCAUAGUGACCAACUUCCUGUUCCUGCUCAAUAUCCUCCGUGUCCUGAUCACCAAGCUUCAGGCCAGCAUGUCAUCCGAGGCCCAGCAGGCUAAAAAGGCAGUGCGGGCAGCGAUCGUGCUCCUGCCUCUACUGGGUAUCACUAACAGCCUCCAGAUGGUCCAUUCACCUCUAGAGGGCAACAUUGUCGAGUUCGCAGCCUGGAGCUUCGUCACUACCUUUCUCACCGCCUUCCAAGGGUUCUUCGUCAGAAACACAGUGAGAAAGUGUUUCGGCAACCUCUAUACUCAACAACUGUUGCCCAAACGGUCCAAAAGGAGCUGCAUCAACGGUACUGUUGCAAGCUCAGAUAUUACAGACCAAGAUGUGGAGGAGGAAGAUAAACAGUAUGAGAAAGGGGAGAUGGAAGCGGCUGAGGAGGACAAGAUCUAG